GAAAUAUACUGGCCGAAAAUGGAUAGUGUCUGUAGAUUAUGCCUUCGCUGUGAGCAAAAUAUGACCUCGAUAUUCAGUAAAGAUUCGACAACCUCGGUCUUCCAACUACAAAUCAAAAAUUGCUGCUCCAUAGAGGUUUUGGAGACUGAUUCGCUGCCCAAAAUGAUAUGCAAAAGUUGUAAGGACAAAUUAUCUUUUGCCGAGGAGUUCAGAAAGGAAUGCAAAUAUUCUGACAAAAAACUGCGGGAAUAUUACAAAAUUUCAACCCCGGAUCAAGCCCACUCUCCACUCCGCAAAGAAUUUCAAGACAACGGCAUUCAAACUGAAGAAAAAAGAAAUGAAGACUCAAAAUUUAGAAAACAAACAUAUCUCGAUACAGUCAAACAGGAAUAUUGUGAAAAUAAAACCUCUGUUUCAUUGGACAAGGAUUACAAAGAUGAAGAAGUCGACCAAGCUCAGGAAUCGGCAUCAGUUAGGAAUUUGAUCACGUCAGAAAAUUCCGAUUGUCAAACUGAGUUUGUAUGUGUAAAGAAUGAUGAUGAGACUUUGGUAAAACGAACAAGAGUACGGUCAGAUCCACUUUUAGAAACAAGACAGAGGUUCAAGUUUGAUGAAACGAAAGAGAAACUUAUGUGUCAUUUAUGUCAAAAGGUAUACGUUUCCAAAAAAGCAUUACUUCGACAUACAGAGGCUCAUAUGCGAGAGAAAAUUAUAACGUGUAAGAUAUGCAACAAGGUUUUCAAUAGCAACGACAAAUUAACUAAUCACAUGAGGAAACACAGCGAUAAUAUGGAUUUCAAGUGCGAAGUAUGUGGAAUGCCGUUUAAAGAACUAGCGAAACUAAACUGCCAUUUACGGGUGCACGGUAAAGGCCCCCCAAUAAAUAUGGACAAACAAUAUUUGUGCGACGUAUGCAGCAGGACCUAUGCUACCAAAUCAGGACUCAGAUUCCACCUGAGAUCUCACGGUGGGACCAAACCGUACACCUGUAAAUUUUGCAACAAAAGUUUCACCAUUCCUAGCUAUAAAACAAGACACGAGCGCACGCAUACCGGGGAUAAACAUUUCACCUGCCACAUAUGCAGUGUAGGCUUUGCCUCUGCAAACGGAUUAAAGUAUCACGUAAGAUCGCACACGGGCGAGGCAAACUAUCAUUGUACCACUUGCGGAAAAUCAUUCAGGCGUCUCAAGUAUCUCAAAGAACACACAUUCGUUCAUACGGGAGAAAAACCGUUCGUAUGCAAGUUAUGUGGCUCCGCUUAUGGGAAUUCAGGGAGCUUAUUUGUGCACCAAAAAAAAUGCAAGGCGCAGUAUACCCUUGAAUAGCAGACUUACGAAUAAAUUUUCUGUAGCGUGUCCGAUACUCAUUUUAUAAUAAUUUAUAAUUAUAGUUAAUGUAAUUAUUGUAUACAUAUAUCUAAUCAAUAUAUAUGAUUUAUUUACACUGUUA